UGGCGUAUUCUACUCAGGAGAGGGCAACGAGGCAGAAAAACUACCUGUUGUGAUUAACGUAGAUGCCGACAUUAUUUUAUCCACUUUAUGAGUUUAUAUGCAGGCUAUCUCAACCAAUCACUCUUAAACUGACGUCUUUGUCAAUGCAAUGCAGCGAGUGAGGUCAUGUACCAGGUGUGUCACUGGCAUUUGUUUUAAUUGAUUCCGUGUGCCACUAGUCAUUCCUUCUCUGUGUAUGUGGUCAGUAGUCUACGUGUUGGGCGAGUGUUUUGCAUGUGUUGUGUGAGUGAUGUGUUGUGUGUGAAAGCAGGACACACUGAUGCUUUGCCAGUAAUUUCCUCGAUGUCCCGAUGCGCUCAUUGGUGCGUCAAUCCAACGUGUCACCAGUUUUGGUGGAUUACCCCAGAUAUCUUCACCAUCGGGAGGGUGAAACACCAUUCCUUUUUCUCAGCUCUUGUCUUCACGGUGCUGUCAACAAGGACCUCUGACAACAUUUUUUGAAACUUAUUACUUCCAAAGAGACAACUCAGGAAAAAAGGAUUUGAAGAUUUGGAUUUGUUCUUCUACGCACGCCUAGCACAGAAAUGCAUUUAUUUACUUCAGAGCCGAGGAUGACGCAGUCUUUUGUACUUCCAGCGUUUCUUUUUUUUGCACACUUGCUGAUGCAGGGUCUCUGGGUCAGUGGCUCCCCUGGCUGCGCGUCCUGUGGUUUGCCUGCGAUGGAGAAAGACGCAGAGGAAAGGAUGAUGAUAGAAUUCGCCAAGCAGCAACUUUUGGACAAGCUGCACCUGAAAGAGAGACCAAACAUCACUCAGACGGUGCCCCGGGCAGCGCUCCUUAUUGCACUGCGCAAACUGCAUUCGGGGAGCGUCAGACAGGAUGGUACUCUUGAACUAGCAAACAGUAGGCCUAUACCUACCAACGACCAAGGCUAUGAAAUAGUGAGCUUUGCAGAUCUAAAUGAGACAGAGAUUGGUGAUGCAGCCAGCCUCAGUCUUACCUUCCAGUUUCUGCAGGAACGUGGCCAAAGUAUCCAGGUGCUCCAGUCUUCUCUGUGGAUCUACGCCCGCUCCUCUGAGGACCCUCAUCGAGACUCCCGCCUCUCUGCCCAGGUCUUCCUCUCUGCAGAAGGUGGGUUGUCAGGCUCUAACCGCACCCUGGUGAUUGAAAAGAUGCUGGAGGUCCAGGAGAGUAGCUGGCACACCUUCCCCAUCACCCGCACCCUGCAGGCCUUCCUGGAUGGCGGCCAGCGCCGGCUGCAGCUGGAGGUCAGCUGCGAUGAAGAUGGGAAGAACCUUUGCUCCCUGGAGGGUUCUGACACCCCCAACCAGCCCUUCCUGGUGGCCCAGGUGCGUCUCCGUGACGACCACUCCAAACACACACUUAAGAAGCGCUCGUUGCGUUGUGGUGACGAUGUAAGCGUGUGCUGCAAGAGAGACUUCUACAUCAAGUUCAAGGAUAUCCAGUGGCAUGACUGGAUCAUUGCUCCUGAAGGCUACCAUAUGAACUAUUGCAUGGGUCAGUGCCCCCAACAUCUGGCUGGCUCUCCAGGUAUAGCAUCCUCAUUCCAUGCCACUGUCUUCAGCCAGCUGAAAGUCAACGGCAUAAACACAGCUGCAUCUUCAUGCUGUGUUCCCACUGAGCGCCGGCCACUCUCCAUGGUGUACUUCAACUCCCAGCACAGCAUUGUCAAAACGGACGUCCCAGAUAUGAUAGUGGAGUCCUGCGGAUGUACAUAAAUGACAGAGUAUGAAAGACAUGGCAUAGUUAACAUUGAUUUGUUUCUUCACAGGAGAAUUAUGUGUGUAGACAGACAGAAAGAUAACACACAAGAACAGAGCAGGUGAAGUAUUUUUCUAUAUAUAGUUUGGGACAACCAACUUUAAUUAUGUUGUUACUUUUACUUUAAAAAAGAAAAUAGAAGUAACAAGUUUGCUUUGUUUCAAAUUAGGCAAUUGUGUUGAAAUGGACACAUCAUUUAGCAGUGUAAACAUAAACAACUGUAAUGUCACAAACAUUGUUUCAAAAUUACUACAUUAGGGAAAUAUAGACAAAGACAAAGAUGUUUUUAUUUAUUUAUAUUUUAAGAAAUUGUCACUUAUAUAUUUUUUUCAUUUUAAAAUAAUGCGCAGUAUGUAAACAGCUAGUUAGAGAGAAACUGUUGAGUGCUUAGAACCAAUUGAGUGAAUCCAAAUAAGAAUAUACAGAGAGUCUGAAUAGAGACACAUUUUUUAUUCAUAUGUCAGAGGCUUGAACUAAAGAGAGAAUAUAACAAAGCCACCUUAACAUACGGCAGACUGAACACAGACAAGAAAAGUGCGAUAUUAAUGUAAAACAUUUAUAGUGGUGACAAGAAGAUCAGGCCAGGGCUGAUUGAAGUCCUGCUUAUAUUGAAGGUCACACAAAGCCCAUAGAGAUAUGAAGCCUUCACUGUAUUGUACAUUUUAGAGAUGCAAUCUUUUUUUUCCUUUUUGUCAUAUGUAGAUUAUUUAUUUUCUAUUUCACAAUUGUUGCUGGGAUUUAGUCCAAAGUCAAAUGUUUUAAUGGAUCUCAGGAAAUUGGGAUCAGAACUGACUGCACUUCUAACGCUUUCAAAACAUUAGCUGCAGUAUGUUUUUAUGUAAUAGUCCCCGUGAUAUGUCAAAAUGUCUGCCAUGGAAACCAUUUAUACCCAUAUACUUUAAAUACUUUAAAACAAUGAGAGAGAUCCUUAAUUAAAAGUGUGCCUUUUUAUUAACUUUUGAUGACAAAGUUCAACUUGGAGUAUUAAGUCAUCUUGGUCUAAAUACCAAAGAGGAUCAAUUGAGUACUGCCUAAUGCAGUCUUUAUAUGUGGGCUUAAGACACAAUGUUCAUACAGAUUUGUUUGUAUUGUUUAUAUGACUUUUUCUUAAAUUACACCCCACAAACAUUUACAUUUUAUUGUGAAGUUGUGGUAUGAUUGAACUGAAAUGGUUUUAACAGGUGCAAUAUGCCAAUCUGAGUUUUGUCUGAGCACACCCAAUGCUGCAUGCAGGUUGAAAUAUGUUUGAUCAGCAUCUCCACUGUAUUAUUUACACAAGUCGGCUAAUCAGUUGGGUAACUAUGUCUGACAGCAUAUGAACCCAAGGUUAUUCUCAGCAGCGUGAGCAAACAUUUAGCUAUUGCUACAGUGUCAGCUUAUGUGAAGGUCUGUGAGGCAGGUGGGUCAGUGAGCAUGUGGUGUUGCACGUUGGCAUUUAUACCUCUCAAAGUCUAAAGUUUUGUAUGUAAAAUUAGAAGCUUUCCAGUUAAAGGCAAUCUGGUCAUUUUUGGGGAUUUGGGAAAAUCGUAUCCCAAAAGCACAACUUAUAGUCCUCUGAUUUAGAAGUGACUAAAGUAUGUCCAUACCUGGAAAAUGAUCAAGUAAGGUAUAUUUAAAAAUGCCAGCAUUAAUACUAAAAUAACUUAAAGUGUGAUGGGCACCAUUGCCCCACAAUGCAACACAUUAUUGAAAAAACACUUUUUAUGAGAUUUUCAAAUUUGAAAAACUCAAAGAUUUAAACAUCUGUCAGCACAUGCCUUGUGCCAUUUCAUGCUAGGAAGAACUAUAUAGUACAACCAUUUAUUGUAUACCAACAACCUAAGUAUUACGCUGCUAGUACAAGACCCAGGCCUUGUCUACUUCUCGCCUAUGUUUGAAUCAAAAGCCAAAGACAUUUUCUGCUGUCUGGAUGAUGUUUCAUGGGUUUGUCCUUACUGUCUUGUACUGCUAUGAUGACACAGGAAAGAUUUUCAGGCAAUAAGUUGGGGCAUUUUACCCAAACAUUAUAACACGUUUUUGCAUUACAUUUCUGUCCAAAUAGCCCACAAACUUGUUUCACCUUCUCUCUGUUGCCUCUAAAAGCUACUCUUGUAUCAUUUCUUACAACCUGCGUAAAACUAUUUUAAUGCUAGAGAUUAUUGUGUAGUAUUUUAUCUUGCAAGCACCCCCUGUCCCAGGACUCAAUGUGACAUUGAGGUGCCAUCAUAACAUAACUUAUUAAGCACUUUAUCACCCUACUGUAUUUUUAGAGCUUUAAGGGUCUACUACUUAUAACUCAGGGUGGCACUACAACAAAAAGUCAUUCAGCUUAUUUUCUUAAGCUCUAGUUUUUUCUAGUGUUUAAAUGCAUUGUAUUGCAUGUGUUUGCAGAGCACACAGAUUUCUGUAUACUGUAACUGGUGGAGAAAUAGAGCCAGGAUUUGAAUUUUGUGUCAAUUGAAAGUUGUAAUUAUUGUCUUUAUUUUUAUAUCAUGCAUUUUGUGCAUAAUGAAUUAUUUGUAAUUGCUAUUAAAUGCAAAAUGUUUGCCACAGUGUGCUGAAAUGAUAUGAUUACAGUUAAAUUAUAUUUUUGAAUAAAUAAAUAUUUUGAAAUCAA